AUGAGAAUCACUCUUGCAAGCGUACUGACUACCCUUUCACUUACCCUCGCGAACACCUUCCAGCCCACCUCCGAAUGCCCCCUUCUCGGACCCAGCUUCUCCUCCGACUUCGACCUCACCAAGACCGAUGCAUUCUCCGAAGCCGUCGCCGCCUUUCCAGAAGUCAUCGAAGCACUAUUUGAGACAGGCAGCGCCAAUGCCAGCACAUCGUCUUUUGUCAUCGACGUCUACUCCGCCGUAACCAAUACCUCCAUCUACAGCUACUCCCACGAGGCUACAGCGCCAGCCUUGAAUGAAUCCUUUCCAUCAGAGCUGAACGACGAAACCAUCUUCCGCAUUGGCAGCGUCUCCAAGCUCUAUACUGUAUACGCCAUUCUCGCCCAUGCAGGAAGCCUGGAGGUGUUCAACCACCCCAUCACGCAAUACCUCCCCGAGCUAGCCGGCAACGCUGGCAAAGACCCCCUGAACCGGAUCGUUUGGGAGGAUGUAACUGUUGGUGCACUUGCCUCUCACCAGGCCGGCGUCGGGGAGUUCCCACUGAACUACCUCGGCUGUUUCUACACCGGUGAGCCCUGCGACACGGACAAGUUCCUAGACUGGAUGCGCGACCGCAAGCGCGCAAGCCAACCCAUCUCCCAAUCCUCCCUCUACGCAGAUGGCGGCUUCGGCAUCCUCGGCCUCGCACUGGCGCGCAUGACCAACCAGACCUACAACGACGCGCUGCAAACCCUCCUCGCCGCGCCCCUGCACCUCAACCACACGGGCUCCUUGAUCCCCACGGACCCCGACGUUAACGGUAUCAUCAUCCCCAACUGGGAAACCGGCGCCUCCGCCUGGGGUCACGACAACCAAGUCAUCGCCCCCUCCGGCGGCCUAUACUCCAACCUCGCCGACUUGCGCGCCACGGGCCUCUCCAUUCUACACUCCCACCUCCUCUCACCACACGACACCCGCGCCUGGCUGAAGCCGCACGCCCACACCGCCUCACUGACCACCAGCGCGGGCGCCCCCUGGGAGAUCAACCGCCUGACCCUCCCCGUAUCCGCCGCAAACGCAACAAACACGACGACGCGCUACCGCCUCUCCGACCUCUACACCAAAGCCGGCGGCCAGCCAGGCUACACGGCCGUCUUCAUGCUCUCGCCCGACCACCAGCUCGGCCUCUCCGUGCUCGUCGCAGGCACAUCCGCCACCACCGACCGCUGGACGCUGCGCGCCGCGGCGGCCGAAACCUUCGUCACGGCAGCCGAGCACGCGGCGAUGGAGAACGCGCGAAGCCAGUUCGCCGGCGUCUUUGUUGACGACGAGGCGCACGACGGGUCGAACGUCACGCUGACGGUCGAGGAGGGCCGGCCUGGGUUGGGCAUAAAGUCGCUGUACGUCGACGGCGUGGACUCCCUAGCAAACAUCUCCUCGCCAUACGCGCCGCUUCCGGAGGGGGUGGGCGUCGUGGCGCGCCUGUACCCGACGGGGUUGGAGGAGCGACUGGCCGAAGACGGUAGCGUAAGGGCCAAGUACCGCGCUGUGGCUGAAGUGACGCCGUUCCCACCGGAAGCGAGGGCGAGGAUUGAGGGCGGGAAGGGCCUGUUCGACGAUGGAUGCGUGUCGUGGCUCAACACAGCCUUUUGGGAGACGGAGGAUGGGCAGGUCCUGGAUGAAUUCGUGCUGCAGAGUGAUGGGAAGGGGAGGCUGGUGAGCGUGAGGAGCGGGAGUGCGGAUGGGAUGAUGGUGAGGAGUGGGUAG